AAAAAUUUUCUCAACCUCCCGACCCGAUACAGCCAUUAAUGUCACAUCCUUUGGGUAAGCAUCCAACUUCAUCUGAAAACUCGGUGAAGAACGAACACCUCACCUAUAAAGCAACGUUGGUGGUAAUGAAACCUCAAAACUCUGAUCCCCAGCGGAAAAGAAAGCCCCCGCAGGCUAAGACGACGCGAAAUUCUGCGUGUGUGGAGAUGUGCGGCGCACCGACUGAAGCAAUAAAACGCGCAGUUCUCGUGGACGAGGGGAAAAAACCCAACGCACUUGCUCGAAAAACACAAGGAUGCAAGAACUGUGCCUGAAAUGUACCACCUGCACCAUUUGUACAAGUUUUGUGUAUGUGUGUGUGUGUGUGAGCCGCACUACGCACUCUAAUGCGCCAUUGUUUACUCUCACGCACCAUGAAAUUAACCGAAUCUUUGUCACGGAGGAUAUUUUUAAUGGAGGAUAAUUUAAUUUUAAUUUAAUGUAAAAUUAAAAUAAUAGAUAAAAUUAUAAACCUAACUUACCACCCGCUACUCGGUACAGCACCACACACGAGCGUAGUCGAAAUGACGGGGCCAGUGACAGAAAAAUAUUUUGGAGAAAUAUCAAACACUCAUUCUCAGCUAUCUCGCUAUGUCAAACUAGCAAAAUCAUAAUUGCCAACAUGAAAGAGCAAUAACAGUUAUAAGUAUGGUUAGGCGGUUUAGCUUAAAUUUUCGUAUUUUUGGCAAAAAAAAAAUCGUUUUUGAACAUUUGGUUUAAAAUUUUUAGGCUGUAAAUUAUUUAUUUAUUAUAUAAUAUUGCUUUUAAUUAAAUUAAUAUUAUAUACAGGUGAUAAGGGAGACUUUUGUACCCCCUUCGUCUAGAGGUUACAUUUCUAAUUCGUAAGUUAAGUUAAGAGAGCACUUACGUGCUUAUUCGGUAAAUUCGAAUCGCGAUUCGUUUUGUUUUUUCGGAAAAUAAUUUCCACUUUUUCUGCGUUUCCUAAUCAUUCCCUUUCAACUCAUCGUUUUAAAAAUCUCAGCGUAAAAUAUCGAAUCCGGGUAUUAGCAAGCAUAAUCAAAAUUAAUAGUUGUACCGACAAUUAGGACAACAUAAUUAUUAUAACAUCCCAAAGCGAAGCGUUAUUCUAAAAUAAAUUGUAACAAAUUGAAAACCCCACCCCAAUUCACUUCACAAACCGUCAACCGUCAAAAAUUUAAACUCCGCUACCGAUGGAGCGGAACGUCAUAGCCCAUCACCACUACUUUCAGCAGUGACGCCUGCUGCUUAGCUAGCGCAGUUCUUUUCUUCGGUGCAUCUCGUAGCCUGCGGUUGUCUUAAGUGUUCUAAGCUGUGUCUGCGCUCCAGAAAACCAAAAAAAUCAUGUCGACGGGAACGAAAAUGAGAAUGCGGCCCUUUUUUUUAUAUAUGGAUGAGUACCAGCGACACACACAGCCUCCGGCGAGGAAUCAUGCCGGUCGGCGUUUUACGACACUGCCCUCCAUGGGGAGAAUUAGAGCGAUGAAUUGGAUUGGUAUGGCGCGUGAGAAGUUCCCCAUUGCACCGGGAGAUGAGCUCGUGCAGGUGGAGCACUACACCGCGCACGACUUUGUGAACACGCACCAUAUGAUCAGUUCCCUCGAGGAAUUUAGCUUUUACGACAUAGAGAUUGUAAUGGUGUUCCGCAAUCCUGCCAGCGGAAUGAUUACCGUAAAAAAUUUCUCACCGCAUUCGUUAGAGAGCGACUCGCCGUGGGCGUUGGUGUACAUACAGCCAAUGAUAAACGAUGUGCUUUCCAAUGUUCUGCUGAAAGGACUUUAUGUCCGCUUUGAUGAGGAUCAAAAUUACGCGAUUCCACGCCACCGUAACGAGACCGGCCAGCGUUAUUCGACCCUUCGGACCAUUGCGAAAGUUGUCUCGAUGCGUUACGAAUCGAUGCGGCGCAACCAGAUGCGUAUGGUGCAAGGGGUAGAAAUAGUACAGAUCGACGACAACACGGCAGAUGAUUUUCGCAGCGCCCGGCAUGUAAAGCAAUACAUACGCGAGGAGGCCAAAACGGGGAUAAAAAUCGUUGUGCGACAUCCGAUUACUGGCGUGCUGGACGCCAAAAUCGUCCACUCCGGUUUGUUGAAACCACCGGGACCGUACGCCCAGAUGGACGUACAGGUGAUGUGGAUCGAUACAAAGCAGAAGGAGCUGUUUAUUAAAAUGAACCGGCAUCAACUGUUAAUGUCGCCUUACUGUGACGUUUACGUUGCAUUCACCCUACCCACGAUUGGAGUUGUGACGGCCGUACGGGAGGUGGGCUUUGAGAGGCCGCUGGUGGAUUCUAUUAAGCCGGGUGACGAAAUCGUCACGAUCGACGGUCGCAGUAUGAAUCGUUUUAAAUCGACGGCACAGAUGAUGGCCACAUUCGAUCGUAAAGCAAAAAAGGGCGUUACACUUUUAUUUCGCAAUCAGCUCUACAAAACAUUGGAUCGUAAAAUCACACGAAGCUCACUAACGGACGGGCCGGGAUCGUACCUGGCGUUAAAGGUGCAGAUGAAAAAGAUCAAUAAGGUGACGAAGCUUCGUCAGAUGGGUCUUUUCAUCCGCCCGGAGCAGAACACCAACAUCCCUAUUAGUGAUGAGGAUCGGGCGCGCUACCAAACACUUUGCCCGAUUGCAAAAAUAUCAACCCUGCAUUACGUGGGAAUGGGCCGAACGGAGAUUGGCAUCCCGCUCUGGGCGGAAAUUAUACAAGUGAAUAAUCUGACAGCCAAUAACUUUUUCUCGAAGCGCCAAACAGCGGAGAUCAUUUACCGACUGGCCAGCCGGGGUGUUCAGCUAGUAAUGCGCUCCCCUACUAAGCUCGAGGAAAAACCUAAGGAGCUGUACAUUAAAACAUUCUAUUUGCGACCGGUUAGCAGCCGCAAACCGCACACGGUGGUAAAGUUUCGUAUUUAUGACUUUCCAAAAGCGUCCACCAUCGACCUGAAUCGAGUAUACGUCCAAUAUGACAUGAACGAAAUAUGCGAGGAACCAUCUCUCACAAACGAGGACGAGAAACCUUUUGCUCUGCUGCAACCACUCGGAAACAUAUCAUCCAUCCAGCAUCAAACGAAGUGCAUUGAAGGGAUGCGCCUGCAGCUAGCUGAUGAACUACUACAAAUAGGAAAUCUGACCGCGGCUAACUUCCGCCGCACAAGUCAGAUUUCUUACGCGUUAAAAAAGCGUGCCAAAGGUGGCAUUGAUGUGAUCGUCCGUAAUCCGGUGACGGGCCAAUUACGUCGGUGCAUCUUCCGCACCAAAUUGUCGGAUGCUCCGUUGCCGCACGCGAUAGUAAAUCUUCAACUGAAGAUGCCCGAGCUAUAUCCGUUUUCGUUGGCGUUCCCUAAACUUAAAAUCGAAAAAUGCGAAUAGUACAUCAUGCCGAAUGUACUACGCCGCCGCGAUGCACGUUACCGUAUUUGUUUCGAUUUCAUUAACGAUUAAUUUUACUUACUUCAGAUUCUUUAAUAUAUGUAACAUGUUAAUACAUUAAC